AUGGCGCUUGAUUCUGAGUUUGGAGUGAAGAGCAGCAGCAGCAUCAUCAGAGAGUGGAGCGGGCAGGUCCACCCGGCUCUGGUCGCCUCCUUCGUGUUCCUCUUCUGUCUGGAAGCCUGUCUGUGGGUCAGGAAUCUCCGGCUAAAGAGGAGGCUGCCCGGACCCUUCGCCUGGCCCGUGGUGGGCAACGCCAUGCAGCUGGGCCAGAUGCCUCACAUCACCUUCGCCAAGCUCGCCAAAAAGUACGGCAACGUGUACCAGAUCCGUCUGGGCUGCAGCGACGUGGUGGUCCUGAACGGAGACCGCGCCAUCCGCCAGGCUCUGAUCCAGCACAGCACCGAGUUCGCAGGCAGACCCAACUUUGUUUCCUUCCAGAUGAUUUCCGGAGGCAGAAGUCUGACAUUUACUAAUUACACCAACCAGUGGAAAGCACACAAGAAAAUUGCUCAGUCCAGCCUCAGAGCCUUUUCCUCCGCAAACAGUCAGACCAAAAAAACCUUUGAGCAGCACGUGACGGCCGAGGCCACAGAGCUGGUGCAGGUAUUUUUGCAACAGAGCGCUCACGGACGGUAUUUCUUCCCGGCUCACGAGUUUACGGUGGCCGCCGCUAACAUCAUGUGUGCUCUCUGCUUUGGGAGGAGGUACGGACACGAUGACCUGGAGUUCAAGACCUUGUUGCAAAGAGUGGGCAAGUUCGGGGAGACGGUGGGGGCGGGGAGCCUGGUCGACGUCAUGCCCUGGCUUCAGUCCUUCCCUAACCCUGUCCGCAGCAUCUACGAAAACUUCAAGAACCUGAAUGAGGAGUUUUUCACGUUCGUUAAAGACAAAGUGGUGGAGCACAGAGAGUCCUUCAACCCCGAAGUGACCAGGGACAUGAGCGACGCCAUCAUCAACGUGAUCGAGCAUGGAGAGGACAGCCAACUGACCAAGGAGUUCGUUGAAGCUACCGUCACCGAUCUGAUCGGAGCAGGUCAAGACACGAUGUCGACGGUCAUGCAGUGGAUUGUCCUCCUCCUGGUCAAGUACCAGGACAUACAAGCCAAACUGCACGGCCUCAUAGACAAAGUGGUGGGCAGAGAGAGGCUGCCCUCAGUUGAGGACAGGAGCGACCUGGCUUUCCUGGAAGCCUUCAUCUACGAGACCAUGCGCUUCACCAGCUUCGUCCCGGUCACCAUCCCCCACUCCACCACCUCCGACGUCACCAUCGAGAAUCUGCACAUCCCCAAGGACACCGUGGUCUUCAUCAACCAGUGGUCGGUCAAUCACGACCCCCUGAAGUGGAAGGAGCCGCACGUGUUCGACCCCACACGCUUCCUGGACGAGAACGGAGCCCUGGACAAAGACAAAACCAACAGCGUGAUGAUCUUUUCUACAGGUAAAAGGCGCUGCAUCGGCUCCCAGAUAGCCAAAGUGGAGAUGUUUCUGUUCACGGCGGUCCUGCUGCACCAGUGCAGUUUCGAGAGCGACCCCUCUAACCCCGUCACUCUGGACUGCUCCUACGGUCUCACGCUGAAACCCCUCCCGUUCAGCGUCAGCACCAGGCUCAGGGGAAAGCUGCUGGGCUUGGCAGAAUUUGGAGUGAAGAGCAGCAGCAGCAUCAUCAGAGAGUGGAGCGGGCAGGUCCACCCGGCUCUGGUCGCCUCCUUCGUGUUCCUCUUCUGUCUGGAAGCCUGUCUGUGGGUCAGGAAUCUCCGGCUAAAGAGGAGGCUGCCCGGCCCCUUCGCCUGGCCCGUGGUGGGCAACGCCAUGCAGCUGGGCCAGAUGCCUCACAUCACCUUCGCCAAGCUCGCCAAAAAGUACGGCGACGUGUAUCAGAUCCGCUUGGGCUGUAGCGAUAUCGUCGUCCUGAACGGAGACCGCGCCAUCCGCCAGGCCCUGAUCCAGCACAGCACCGAGUUCGCAGGCAGACCCAACUUUGUUUCCUUUCAAUCAGUGUCGGGAGGGAAGAGCCUGACGUUCACAAAUUACAGCAAACAGUGGAGGAUCCACAGGAAAAUUGCCCAAACAACAAUAAGAGCAUUCUCAUCUGCCAACAGCCAGACAAAAAAAGCUUUUGAGCAGCAGAUUGUGGCCGAGGCCACGGAACUGGUGGAGACUUUCCUUGAGCUGAGUACUCAGGGCCAAUUUUUCAACCCUGCGCAUGAGCUGACUGUGGCUGCUGCUAAUGUGAUUUGUGCCUUGUGUUUUGGAAAGCGCUAUGGACAUGAUGACAUUGAGUUUAGAGCCUUGUUGCGGCAGAUGGAUCAGUUUGGACAGACCGUAGGGGCUGGGAGCUUGGUGGAUGUGAUGCCUUGGCUUCAAUCUUUCCCCAAUCCGGUCCGAAGCAUUUUCAGGAAUUUCAAAUGCUUGAACAAAGAGUUCUUUGUCUUUGUCAAGAGCAAAGUGGAGGAGCAUAGACAAACCUUUGACCCUAAAGUCACCAGGGAUAUGAGCGAUGCCAUUAUCGGGGUCUUUAACAACGCAGAUACUGGCACGGAUCUGUCCGAAGACCACACAGAAGCAACGGUGACGGAUCUGAUCGGGGCAGGCAUGGACACGGUCUCCACUGCUCUCCACUGGAUUGUGCUUCUGCUGGCCAAACACCCCGAGAUCCAAGCGAAGCUGCACGCCCUCGUCGACGGCGUGGUGGGGCGACACAGGCUGCCGUCCGUCGAGGACCGGACACACAUGCCCUACCUGGACGCCUUCAUCUACGAGACCAUGCGUUUCACCAGCUUCGUUCCGGUCACCAUCCCCCACUCCACCACCUCCGACGUCACCGUCACUGGCCUCGACAUCCCCAAAGACACCGUGGUCUUCAUCAAUCAGUGGUCCAUCAAUCACGACCCCCUGAGGUGGAAGAACCCUCAUAUCUUCGACCCGUCCCGCUUCAUGGACGAAAACGGCUGCCUAGACAAAGAUCUCACCAAUAGUGUCAUGAUAUUUUCAGCAGGGAAGAGAAGAUGUAUCGGGGACCAGGUUGCCAAAGUUGAGAUAUUCUUGUUCUUUGCGAUCCUACUCCAUCAAUGCAGCUUUGAAAAAUGCCCAGAUCAGGACUUCUCUCUAAACUGUACUUACGGUUUAACACUGAAACCUUUAGAUUACAAAAUCAGGGCCAAGCUCAGGGGAGAAUUAAUUAAAAGCCAGUAA